CUUCCGCUUCACGCGGCCCGCUGACGGCUAACGUCACGCACCGCUCAUUAAAAGCGCGUGUGCGCUGAAAAGAGGGCAUUCCUAAACUUAGCUUGCUGGUUGUAUUCUUUUAGGGUCGCACAUCAACAGCUAUCAUGGUUCGUGAAGUGGAAAAUUUGGAAGAAUUUCAGACUAUCCUGAAGGAAGCUGGAGACAAGCUUGUGGUGGUGGACUUCACAGCCACAUGGUGCGGCCCCUGCAAACAGAUUGCCCCAAAAUACAAGCUAAUGGCAGAAGAUCCUGCGAACUCAAACGUGAUUUUCCUGAAGGUUGACGUGGAUGAGGCCGAGGAUGUGAGCUCAUUCUGCAAAAUCAGCUGCAUGCCAACGUUCCAGUUUUACAAGAAUGGCGAGAAGGUGCACGAGUUCUCUGGCGCUAACGAAGCUACGCUAAAAGAGAAGGUGAAAGAGUUGAAAUAAGAAGCCCAGUCGACACACCCAUGUUGUUAAGAGAAAAGUAGAUGCUGUUAGCCACUGUACAUUCCUCAUAACCAUAAAGUCGAUCCCACACAGGCAAUAAAGGAUCCACAUAUCCUGUAAUUGUGACAUAGUUUAGUGCAUCUGUCUCAACAGGCUGAAGCAUGACGCUGAUCACUUUUAAUUCUGUUUUUAUGACAACUUGGCUUUGCUCCUGAAUUACUUUGUAUGUUAUGUGUGUUCAAUAAAGUGGAUUUAAUAAACGAAUUACAAUUAAA